AAACAGUUAAUAAUUUUAACAACAUGGUCAGUUUGUGCUAUCUCGUUCCGGUUGUGUUGACGAUUUUUGGGACUCCACGCACAGUAUCUGGGCUGAAUGUCAGUAUCGUAGUUAUCAGCUACAUCGGUCCGCUUGGAUUUCCGUCCUUAGUUUAUUCCGAUGCGCCCUUAUCGAUGGCCACGGAAUAUGUUGGGAAACUGUACAAUACAACAAUGACGUUUAAUUUGCAUUUUUUGUACGAUCCAGCGCAUCCGACGUGUGCUGAUUUAAAUGACAACGCUGUGCGACUGCUGGGGGAAUGGCAGUACCGUAUGCGGAAGAUGGAUGAUUUUACCGUUUACAUAAUUCCAGCCUGCGUUGAGGCGACGGAGAUUCCAUAUCUCCAGGCACAAUGGGAUACCUUAUGGAUUUCUAGUGUCUCGGCCAGUGCACAAAUUCGCCAUCGUGACCUCUAUCCAACGUGGAUAUCAACAAAUUACAUUUCAUUGCUCCAGUUGUCGGAGCUGUAUGUGGAGCUGCUCAACAAAUAUGCAUGGACGUCAGUCACUUUGGUGAUAGAUACGGUAUCGCCUCCGUUCUUCUUCACAUUUGCUGAGUCACUGCUGGCGGAACUGAAAGAAAACCGUAAUUUUUCAACGACGGUGUAUAAAACGUCAACUAAUUCGCCUGGACGAUUUACAUCCAUUCUCGAAGAUAUACAACAAAUUAGUAGAGUUGUCCUGUUCUUCGGACAUGCCAGAUUCUUACGCGAUUUCAUGAUUACUGCAUCUCAAAUGCACAUGACCGAUGGAAAUUACGUUGCCUUACAAGCCUUCCAGUCGUUGCUGGUCUUGCAUCCGCGGGAUGUUGACGAGAGCCCCGACCCGAACCUCGGAGCGGAAUUUAUUCGAAGGUCACAGUUAAAGUAUAAUUUUACGUACACCCUCGCUGCGCAGGGCAGGCAGAAACCACAGCUAACUGGUAGUAGCGUCGUGAAAUACCUUGUAAACCGCACCUUUACGGACGGUUCUGCCGCCGGGAGUAUUUAUAUAGACAAAAAUGGACAGAGUCGCCGCGACCUGGCUGUUUCGUAUUACACUCCAUCAGGGCAUCGCAAGGCACUAUUGCUCAAGAUUGCAACCAACGAAACGCUUAUCCAAGUUGUGAACUUAACAGCAUGGAGCGGCGCCGCCUUUCCGCCUCCCAGUGUACCAUAUUGUGGCUACAAAAAUUCCAAAUGCUCGGCUCCAGGUGAUAGCCGUUGGAUAUACGGUAGCGUCCUCGGAUGCGUGUGUGUGAUGCUAUGCGUAGGAGUUCUUCUACUGUAUUACGCGAGGCAGGUCAAGCGAAAAGCGGACACGGUCCUCUUGUACGAUCCUUGGUGGCAGAUCGCGUCCGCUGUGCCACACCGGAGUUUUCAUGUCUCCACGUUGUGUGCCUUUGGACGCUUCGAAGAAGAUUAUGACAUGCCAGCUCUAUCGGAGACGCUUGGAGUGUAUCAGGGGAAAUCAGUGCGGCACGUUAAACUCUGCCAGCGAGAUCAUACCGUGACAUUUGGAGAACUGUCAACCAACAUCGAUUUGCUGCAGUUAAUGAAAAAGUUUCACGGUCUGGACCAUCAUAAUCUGUGUCGGUUUUACGGAAUCGCUAUAUCCGUUAAAUACGGCGAGGCCGUCUCGGUGAUAUCCGCUGUGACGGAGCAUCCUGCUCGGGGAACGCUGAUCCGAGCCUUGAGCAGCAGUAUCACGCAAGAUUUUGCAUUUAGCAGCUCUUUGAUUAUUGAUUAUCUUGAAGUAAUCUCCGAGAUAUGCAGUUGCGGCAAAUGUCCCAGCAGAGAAUGUGAUAAAAUCAUCAGCAGCGAAAUGAUUUUCUGGUUGACCCCGGAACGAGCAAACUACGGAAGCGAUGACGCUAUGCAAGCCGUGGACAUUUAUUCCUCCGGAUACAUUAUAUACGAAAUACUGACGAAUGGAUCUCUAUUCUACAAACUACAAUCCAUGAGUAAAAAUGAGCUUUGUCAACUUGUGGCUGAUGGCGCAGAAGCGGUCUGGAAGAUCCUAGAUUAUACAGGCAACGAGUAUUUGACUCGUUUUGCGCCUUUAUUACAACUAUGCUGGAGCAGCGAUCCGGUUAAGCGUCCCAAAAUCCAGAAACUGCGGUCACUGGUGUUGGAAAUCUUGCCCUUGUUAACUGGCAAUACAAGGGAGCACAAAGUAAUCGACGCUAUUCUCAAGCGCUUAGCUAAUUAUGCCGAAGCUUUGGAAAACGAAGUGAUAAUCAAGACCAAGAACCUUUGCGAUGAGAUUGCUAAGUGUGAUGCCAUCGUUGCACAGUUUCUGCCCCGAACCAUCGUGAAACAGUUACGAACCGGCCACAAUGUACAGCCGGAAUUGUUCCAAUGUGUAACGAUUAUGUUCAUGGAGUUAUCUGGCUUUUCCGACUUCGUCAACAGCGCUUCUCCAGAAAAGGUCCUGGCGCUGCUUAGCGAAACCGAGUCGUUUGUCGACCGACUGCUCAUGCAGUGCGACGUGUAUAAAAUCGAAGCUGUAGCCGACACUUAUCUGAUCGGCAGUGGACUACCUGAAAGAAACGGAAAUCACCAUGUCUGUUUUGUGGCUAUGUUUGCCCUAAAGUUAUUGAACUCCGGAUUUCAGUUAAUUCUUCCUGAGCAUCUUGGUUGCAAAAUUGGCAUUAACUCAGGACCUUGUGCUGCCGGUCUUGUGGGAUUACGAAGAUUUCGCUACUGCCUAUUUGGCAAUACGGUUAAUAUCGCCUCUAGGAUGUGCAGUCAAGGUUUACCGGGACGCAUACAACUCAGUGCCAGUUCCCAGUUGAUCCUACAAGAUUUCCCGGAAUUCCGUGUGGCGCUCAGAGGCAUCGUGCAUGUUAAGGGCACAUCACGCAUGCUGACAUAUUGGCUGCUGGGUCUAACCGGCACGACAUAA